AUGAGCGCCGGGAUGACGAGAGCCGUCGGAUCUGUCACGAGUCAUCAUCAGGUGGACAAUAACGAUAUUUACGCCUUCUGCCCACUCGCGACGUCCGCGGGAGGUAUCCCCACGCCGCGAUCCCAGAGAUUAAGCGAGUCAGGCCUCCCCGGAUCGCGCUCGUUCUCGUCUGCGAUUGGUAUCCCCGCGGCGCGGCCUACCGCGGAGCCUCUUAAACUGGGGCCGCUUAUUUCCGCGGUCGCGAGCGGUAGCGAGGAGGAAAUCCGCGACGCGGUUUACUGCGUCAGGCGAGCGCUCAAGGGCUGCCCGGAAAACAAAGAAAGGCUGAUUCGGUCAGGGGGAAUACCUUUUCUGGUCAGUCUUAUGAAAGUUCCUGAUCCCCUGACAGUAGAGCAUGCGGUCACAGCUAUAUUCAACAUCUGCCGGAUGGAAGCCGGGCAGAAAGAAAUUUUCGCCGAGGGGGGGUUGGAGACGCUAGUGGACGUUCUCCGGUCAGCAGAAAACAACGAGGCUGCCCGGGAAAACGCGGCCGCGGCGAUUUUCUGCCUGGCGAACACAGAAGAGCGGAAGCAGGUGGUUACCGAGAGAGGGGCGUUACAGCCGCUGGUGGGGUUGCUGCAGACUAGCAGUGUGAGAGGGCAGAGAGAUGCAAUACUCACCAUGUGGAGUCUGGUUAGGUUUCUCUCUGCGUGCGCUCUUUAUGGCUGCCCGAGUGAUACUGCAGGGGGUGAUGCAACAGGAGCAUCAGUAGCAGCAGCAGAAGUUGGAGCAGGAGGAGGAGCAGGAGCAGGAGCAGGAGGAGGAGGAGCAGGGGAGCCUGAGGAGGAGAGAAGCAGUGAUGCUGCAGGGGCAGCAGGUGAAUCAGGAGGCAGCAGAGGGGAGAGUGGGGAGAAAAGCAGGGAGUGUAAUAAGGAGGGCCAAGAGCAGGGUGAAGAGAAAUCCGAACUAGUGAGAAAACCCGUCACUAUUGCUGAUUUCCUCGCCACUGGUGCCGUGCCUGUUCUCAUCGGGCUCUUACAGUCGUCGGAUCAAGGGCUGGAGGAACGAUCAAUGGCCAUCCUUUCUCUCCUCUCCAAGUUCCCGGAAGGCCGGCGGGCCAUCUGGGAAGCGAAUGGCGUGGAGGGAAUCUGCGAUGUUCUGGAGAUGUCGUCUCAAAGGGCUAAAGAGGAGGCAGUUGCUACGCUGCUGCGGAUGGCUGGGAGCGACGCGGCGGUUAAGGCGGUGUUGGUUAAGGAAGGGGUGAUUCCGCCGCUUUAUAAGAUUCAUAAGGAGAGCGAGGGGAACGCAGCGGUGAAGGCCAAGACUUUGCUUGACAUGCUGCGGACCACGGGGAAGUGA